AUGCAUGUCUGGAAAUGUGGUUUCCUCUUGGUUCUUUUUGCUCAAGGCUUGGCACUUGAGGAGGUUGAGGACACAGUGGGUGAAGAGAUCGGCGUCCAUCAGCUGGAGCGUCUGGUGGAGCUGCUCACGCCUUCUGAGUGCGAGGACCUCCUCGUUGCCCUCUCUCAGGCAGAAGAGAAAAUCUUGGAGCGUAUUGUCAAAAGAGACACCUCUUCACUAAAAGAAAGUGAGGCUAAGUGUCGGAAGGAUCUGGGAGACUGGCUGCAGAAGUACGGUCGGGAGAUCUACUUCGACCGACUCACUUGGGCCUUGCACCACAUCGACAGAACAGACAUCGCCGUUGAGCUGGGAAAGAACAUCAAUCAGGAUACAAUUUUAAACCUGAAACGGUAUGCCGAAGGCUAUCAUGAGUUAUUCAAGUCCAUGAACUCCCAAGAGGCAGAACCGGAAACAGGUGAAAAGAAAAGACAGAAAAGAGCGUCUGAUCUGACGUGGCGCGACCUCGAUCUUAUUGUGGAGCGCCCCCCAGUCCCUGCGUACUCCAAGGGCCCUUUGGACGUGGCACUCCCUAUCUUGUAUGGGAUCCUGCUAGGCUUCGGGGGAACCUUGCUUGCAACUGUCUCCACGGUCUUCGCCAUCUUGCGCAUCUCACGUCGGAGCCAGCAGAGACGUCGACCCAGGGUGACUUGCUACCCCAGUUAUGAGGUGAUGAUUGAAAAUUAG